AGUGUCUCUUUCCAUCAGAAAUUGUUAAAAACAUAAAGACUCCACUGUUCCUUGUUCAUCCAGCUUAUGAUUUCUGGCAGAUACGCAAUAUUUUGGUGCCUCAAGGAUCCGAUCCUGAUGGUCACUGGCAAAGGUACAGACUGAACAUUCGCAAUUGUAAUGCUAACAUGAUUGAUAAACUUGAAAAUUUGGAAUACUGCAGAUAUUGAUUAAUGAUGAUCUAACCUGGAACCUAAAUGUAGUAGCCACGCUGAGGCAUGGGAUAACUUGGGAAAUUAUCAUUGUUUGGUUACGGUGGCUCUUUGCUGAAGGCUGUGAAUGAAUUCCAACAAUGAAAGGAGAUUGGAAUGUUUAUAGAUUCCUGCUUUGUCCAUUGCCUGAGAUGGAUGUGACCUGGCAUUCACCCAACUCUCCUAAAACAAAUGAUAAGGUGUAUUCCCUUUUAAGUCAUCAAGAUUUGAUCGAGUGGGUGGCUUCUUAUCUUGGUUAUUGGGGGUUGGGGUGGGGUCUUGCUUGGUUUGGGUUGGAACCAUGGUUGGGGUUGUAGUGCAGUAGGUGGAUUCAGUUGGACAGGUGGAGGUGUUUGAUAUGGUGUGUUUGGGUUGUAGGGUUGAGGGUAAGGAGUUCAUGCGACAGUUGUGAUGUACGAGACACGGUAAGUAGGGAAUAUUUAUCGAGGAUAAUUGGGCCUGUAGUGGGGUUUUCAUUGAGGGACCAUUCUUUGUUAAUAAGCUACAUAGUUAAUCUCCCUUUCUUCUUCAUCAACUUCAAUGGAUAUUUACGGUUAACACUCCUGCCAGAACUGUAGGUCAUUUUCACACUCAUGCCUGUUUGUACCUUUUUCCCACGAUAAUGAUGUCUGAGAAUUUUGAUGAAAUGCUUUUGAUCAUUUCUUUUUCAUAUAGGGGAGGCUUUACCUAGGUAGCUACCUUCCUUAGCCUUAGAGCCUACUAUUUGAACAUUUGUCUAUCCUUCUAUAGUUCUCUGUCAUAUUUGUCAUCCUUGAGUUGCAGGAACUUAAUUCUUGGACACAUGAUGCUAAUUUUUCUCUGAAUCAUGGUGUCCAUCACCUCCAUUGGUUUGUCAAUGUACUGAUAUUUAAAGUACCAAACUUAAUUGGGUACUCGUGGAAUAGCUUCUUUAUCCACAUCUGUCCAUUAGAAUACGAAGAUCCUUACUCAUUCAAUACUAGAUUUGGUGUCGAUGUAGCAACUCUAGCUAAUUUAGCAAUAUGCUUGGGCCAUACAAUGCAUUACUUCUUGAUAACAAAUUAACAUUACCACAUAUAAUCCAUUGUGGUUGAUCCACUGUUGUUGCCUUGCCUCUGAAGCAGACCAUUGCUGAAUCCGUUGGUGAUUGGUACUUUGACCGAGAAGCAGUAAAGCGCAUUUACUGCUCUUCUUUUCCUUGCAGCCCCACUUGCCACAAUAUGAAUUUCACCUGAAUAUAAAAAUAAAGCUAUGAGCCCCAUUUUUUAUUGCAACUUUUAUCUCGGAUCUUCCUUGGUCGAAGUUCAUGAAGGAAUAUCCUCUCAUUUAUGUCCGUUGCAUGAAUUUUGCUUCAAUUGAUUGAGUUAGAAUUAGAGAAUAUGCUGGGGAGAUCAUCUUAUUCACUUGUAUGACAUGGGUUCUACAGUCUAUAGAUAGUAAGAGGCUAAGAUCCAUGCAGCACGAAGUGUCCCCUUGAUCAAGUGAUUCAAUUGUUAUAUAACUAACUGUAUAAUUGAUUUGUUAGUUUCUUCUUAAGUUUGUAAAAAAAAUUAUUGAUCCCUGAUGCAGCACGCUCGAUUUUUGUGAAUUACAAUAUUGAUGCUCUAUUAGCAACUACAAAAUCUCCCAAUAAAUGCAACCGUAAUGAAAAGGGCAUGUUGUGCCAGUAGCUUUUCUUUCAAUAAAUAUUUAGUUUGACAGAAUAGUUCCUUAAAAAUGAAAGAAUACAAAUUUAAUUUCAGGAUGCACAAAACGUUCGACAAAUUAGUCGUAACACAUUAAUCUUUAAAAAAUAAACUUAUUAUCAAAUUAAUCAUUCAACUAUACACCUUAAUGAUAAAUUAUUCUCACAAACAAGACUAAUUUGAUUUUUUAAAGACUAAAUUUGUGACGGCAUCAACCAUGGCUGUUUUCCAAAAAAAAGAGCAUAACUGAGAUUGACUUCAGAGUUCAGUUCACACUUCGUUUUGUUGUUGCCAGUUGGUAUUUGCCAAAUGCUCCACUCCAUACUCUCACGCCCUCCCCGGCGCAAACUCCACCCAUUCUCCACCGCGGCCGCUGCCGCCAUCACCGCCAACAGCGUCCCCGCCGCCGCCGCCCUCCCCUCUUCGUCCUUCAGAAUUCAGCCCCCAAUCUACCCCUGGCCCCGCCGCCUCACCCCCCACAACCUGGCCUCCCUCAUCUCUCGCCAGCACGACCCCGACCUCUCCCUCCAAAUCUUUCACCACGCCCACCCCUCCCUCUCCCACGCGCCCCAGCCCCUCCACGCGCUCUUCCUCAAACUCUCACGCGCCCGUCGCUUCUACCACCUCGAAUCCCUCCUCACGCACCUCCCCAACCCCCCGCCGGAGCCCCCUCUCACCACCCUUAUCCGCGCCUACGGCCUCGCCGGAAAACCCCUCUCCGCCCUCCGCAUCUUCCUCAAAUUCCAACCCCUCGGCGUCAGGUCCCUCAACGCUCUCCUCAACGCGCUCGUCCAGAACAAACGACACCGUUUGGCGCAUUCCGUGUUUAAAAGUUCCACCGAGAAAUUCAGGCUUGUGCCGAACGUUGUUAGCUGCAACAUUCUGCUCAAGGCGCUGUGUAAGAGGAACGAGGUUGAUGUCGCUGUUAGGGUUUUGGAUGAAAUGAGUUUGAUGGGUUUGGUUCCCAAUGUGGUUAGUUACAGCACUGUGUUGGGUGGGUUUGUGUUUAAGGGUGAUAUGGAGAGUGCUAUGAGGGUUUUUGGUGAGAUUUUGGAUAAAGGGUGGAUGCCUGAUGUAACCUCUUACACUGUUUUGAUGAGUGGGUUUUGUAGAUUGGGGAAGUUGGUGGAUGCAAUUAGGAUGAUGGAUUUGAUGGAAGAGAAUAGGGUUCAACCUAGUGAGGUUACUUAUGGUGUUAUGAUUGAGGCUUAUUGUAAAGGGAGGAAGCCAGGGGAGGCGGUGAAUUUGCUCGAGGAUAUGGUUGAGAAGGGGCUUGUGCCGAGUUCAGUGUUGUGUUGUAAGGUGGUUGAUUUGUUGUGUGAGGAGGGGAGUGUGGAGAGGGCUUGCGAGGUGUGGAGGGGGGUGGUGAGGAAGGGGUGGAGGGUCGGUGGCGCGGUGGUGAGUACGAUCGUGCAUUGGCUUUGCAAGGAGGGGAAGGUGGUGGAGGCGAGGGGCGUGUUGGAUGAGCUGGAGAAAGGGGAGGUUGCGAGUUUGAUGACGUAUAACACGCUGAUUGCGGGGAUGUGCGAGAGAGGACAGCUUUGCGAGGCGGGGAGGCUGUGGGAUGAGAUGGUGGAGAAGGGCCGUGUUCCGAAUGCUUUUACUUAUAAUGUGUUGAUGAAAGGGUUUUGUAAGGUUGGGGAUGUGAAGGAGGCUAUCAGGGUGCUGGAGGAGAUGGUGGAGAGUGGAUGCUUGCCUAACAAGUCGACAUUCUCAAUAUUGGUUGAUGGGAUUUCUCUUUCAGGAGGAAAGAAAGAGGAAAUUGACAAGGUAGUUUUGUUGGCCAUGACGACUGGAGUUGACGGUGAAUGGUGGGAUCUUUUCUUAAAACUUGUUGUGGGUAAUUUAGAUGGCAAUGCUUCUGAGCUUGAUAGGAUAUUAACAGAGAAUGCGGUGUGAUGAUGGAAAUUCUUUGGGAUAUGCUGUCGUGUCUGAUCUUUGGAAGGUCCGAAGGUGAUGACAAAAGGGGAUUGAAUGCUGGGCACUGUUUAUCCAAUGUAAAGUCAUUCUUAUAUGUUGUAUACUCUCCAGUUAGUAAACUUGAAAGUGUUAAUCAAUUGAUCAGGGACCAUUUUCUUACUGGAAUUUUGUGCACAAUUUGUCUGAUUAUAAUGGCAGACCAUUAUAGCUGCACAUUGACACCAAGUUUGUUACAAAGUUUAAUUGUAACUUAUGGAAGGUUGACUAUGAUAACAUGGUGACAUGAGUUAUUUCUUUUGUAGUCUGCCCAAGACUGGAAAUGGAUGACUAAACAAAGGGAAUUGAUGAAUGUUUUGGUUCCAAAUGUUUGACAAGUUUCAUUCCAUUACUGCUUGUUGAGUGAGUCUGUGUUCUGUUUGAAGUUGUACUAGUGAAAGAUAUUCAAAUCAUUGGAUGGUUCAACUCUAGAACUGUUUGUAUUUUCCAUUUCCAAAAAUGUAUGUAAAAAUGAGUCGCCUCUUAGUUGGUUUCCUAGUAAGUUGCAGCUAUGAUAGGCCACUGUGAGGCUGUGAGCUAGACUUUCUUGUUGAUGCUAUUCUUGGCUUGCUUGUAAACCUGUUGGAGAAUGAUGGCAAUUACAAGUGAUUCAAAUGGUUUCUGGACUGGCAGUUGGUAGUGUUACACUAGCAUUAGGAAUGAUGUAAAUAUAGGUAAUAGAAAAGUGACACCAGAAGAAAAAUGUUAGUAUUCUUUAUUUCUUUUCUCAUGCUGCCCUAUGGUUUAGCCUAUCAUCGAGUGCUUUUGCCUGAAUAUGUAAUACAGUUGCUCUGUUGUAGCUGUGACUUGCAAAUAUUUUGUCAAGUCCAGGUCUUUCUUUACAUUAAUUUGAUGAUCCUCAUGGAAAAAGCUUUUUAGAAGUAAGCUUAUUUGUAAAGUGCUUUUUUUUUAUCGGUAGGAAUUGAAGACAUACCCAAGGGUUUAUAAUAACCUAUGCAAUGUCCUCAAUAAGUAGGAAUGUAUCCA